UCACUUUGGCCUUGUUUUGCUCUCAAAGUGCACCAGAUUGAUGCAUUUAACUUUAAAAUGUAGCUAACAAAAGGGGGUAGAGUGAAUAUUCCUGUAUUUUUUCAUAUUGCAAUAUAUAUAGCAGAAAACAAAUAGUGCAAUACGGCAAUCUUUUCCAACAUCGUGCAUUUCUACAUCAGCAGGAAGUGAAAACAGCUCUCUGUUUAUUUUAAUGUGAAAGUGUGAUUAAAUAUGUUGUUGCUAAAAUCAACGAAUAAUUGUGAUAAAUGAUCAUUUUGUCCGUCAUCGUGCAGCCCUAUGAUGAGGAUGAGCUCUGAUAUACAGAUCAUAUUAAUAAAGACGUGCUGCUGGUUUCACCUUCAGCAGACUGUCAUUAGAGAGAUAGUUAGAUGCUCUGCUGCACACACACUUCCUGUUUACACACCGUGGCAGGUUGACACUCUGAGGCGUUUCCUCGUCGUUGCUUCUUCCUGUCUGUGUGAUUGAGCUGCUGCAGUAGAGAGAGGUUCACAGUUUAACAGGUUCAGGUGUCUAGAUGCCAAACACACACUGAGCCUCCUCACAUGUGUGUGUGUGUGUGUGUAGUAGAGCCAGCUGUGUUAGCCGGUCCAGCAGCAGGAAACAAGCCGCCAAGCGUCCCUCCUCAGUCUCGUCUCUGAGUGGGAUUGUGGGUCGGAUGAUGUCGUCCGGCGAGCGAGGAGCGUCGUCCUCCUCCUGCACCUCCGUCAACACCGUCUGCUCCGACGGCGAGCGUCCCGCCUCCCUCUCCCUCUCCUCCUCUGCGUCCUCCGUCUCCCUGCAGGACACCUCUCACUCCUCCUCUUCCUCCUCCUCCUCCUCCUCCUCCUCUUCCUCUCUGCCGUACGGCGCCGUGCCGACCUACAACGCCUCUUCUUCCUCCUCCACGCCGAAGAGGAACGGCUCCGACAUCAGCCUGGACCUCACCCCCCUCGUCACGCCGCAUGGAGGAGUUCCUGGAGGAGGAGGAAUCUGUGUUGCCAAGGCGACAGGUGGAGGUAACCCCGCUAAUGGACAUGUAGCCGAUCCGAUGGUGGCGACGGUGGCGGUGGCGGCGGUGGCCACGCCCAGACAGUUUUCACGGCUGGAGCGAGUCGUUCUGGAGAUCGUAGAGACGGAACAGGCCUACGUCAGAGAUCUGAAGAGCAUCGUGGAGGAUUAUCUCGGCUGUAUCAUCGACUGCGGUUCUCUGCCUCUGAAGCCGGAGCAGGUCAGCACUCUGUUCUGCAACAUCGAGGACAUCUACGAGUUCAACAGUGACCUCCUGGAGGAUCUAGAGAGGAGUUCUCACGCUGCCGACAUCGCCGAGUGCUUCGUCGAAAGGAGUGAAGCCUUUGACAUCUACACUCUCUACUGCAUGAACUACCCAAAUUCAGUGGCGGUGCUGAGGGACUGUAUGAAACACAAGAGUCUGGUUCGGUUCUUCCAGGAGAGACAGACGACUCUGAACCACUCGUUACCUCUGGAGACGUACCUGCUCAAACCGGUGCAGAGGAUCCUCAAAUACCACCUGCUACUACAGGAACUUUCCAAACACUUUGACAAGAGCGACCCCGGAUAUGAGGUCAUCGAGGACGCCAUCAUCACCAUGACAGCGGUCGCCUGGUACAUCAACGACAUGAAGAGGAAACAGGAGCACGCAGUACGACUACAGGAGAUCGAGUCCCUGCUGGUGAACUGGAGCGGGCCGGACCUCGGCGGGUUCGGAGAGCUGGUUCUGGAAGGUUCCUUCAAGGUGCACAGAGUGAAGAAGGAGAGAGCGUUCUUCCUGUUCGACACCAUGCUGCUGAUCGCCAAGAAGAGGCUGGAGCAGUUCGUCUACAGCACGCACAUCUUCUGCUGUAAUCUGCUGCUGGUGGAGACUCUGAAGGAUUCUCUGUGCUUCAAAGUGUCGGAUCAGACGAUUCCCAAACAGCAGCACGUCGUCCAGACGAAGAACCAGGAGGAGAAGAGACUUUGGGUUCACUACCUCAAGAGACUGAUCGUAGAAAACCAUCCUGCUUCUCUCCCACAGAAGGCGAGGCAGGUCCUGGGAGACAACUUCUGCCAAUCUCCUCAGUUCGACCAGGACAACCUGAAGAAGUCGUCCGCAUCGCCGCGAUCGGACGAUAUCCACGGCUAUCACCGAGGCAGACGUCAGUCAGGUCAGGAGCCUCCAGAGCUGCUGAUGUACACACCUGAGAAGUCCAGGAAGAGUCUGCCGCUGCUGCUGGAGGGAAACCUGCCGUACAGACGCACCAGGAGACAGUCAGCUCCGGCUAAAGACAUCGAAGCGGCGUUCCAUCCCAACGCCCUGAAGCAGGCGGGCAGCGAUGGCGAGCUGUGCCCGGCCGACAGUCUGGGCUCAGCCGGCAGCAGCAGCACGCUGGCGUCCUCCGUCAUCGAGGUGGACGCCGAGAGGACCGAACCGGGCCUGACGCCACAGCUGCGACCAAACCGAGAGGAAGAGGAGGAAGAGGAUGAAGAGGAGUUGACCCCCCUCAGCCCUCCUCCCACCCUGUCCAUCACCGAAGAGAUCCUGGAGUUCAUCAACCAGAGCCGAGCCAGGGAGGGACUCACCGCCAUUCACUCCGACACCACGGAGCAGAUCCUGGAUCAGCCCAAAGAGAGUCAGCCUCCAUCUAACCGGACCAACUUCACCUGCCCACUGCCCCCAGUCGCCUGCCCCUCCAGUCUAGAACAAAUACCCAUAAUGCAACUGGAGCAGGAAGAAAACUUGAGACUUGAACAUGAGACAACUGCAAAUGAAGUCCAAGAAAUUCCAGAUGCAAUAGUUGAAGUGGAAAAGGGAGUGGAAGAGGAUGUUGAGACGCAAGUAGAAGUGGUAGAAAAAGAGAAGGAAGAGGAGAAAGUGUUGGAUGAAGGUGAAGGUGAAGGAGAGAGCAUCAUCGCUGCCCCAACGUCAGAUCUUCAUCCCUCCAUCUCAGCAGAGGAGGAAAGAGAGAACAUCAGUUGUCAUUCCCCCAGAGAGGAGGCGAUCACUGAGGCCACCUUUUCUUCCCCGAAUCCAGAUCAUCAUCGCCUCGUCCAGAGAGGCCAGCCGCCCACACGAGGCUCCCACCUCACCAAGCGCGACAAGAAGAUCAUCGAAAAGAUCAGGAGUUACUACGAGGCGGCAGCCGAGGCCGAAGAGGACGAGGCAGAGGCGGAGGAGGAGGAAGACGAACAGGGCGAAGGAGUGGCGCCAAGAAGGAGGAACAGUUUCUCACAAAUCCCAUCUGGCUUGGUGAAGGAGUCGGUGUCACGGUUUGACGUGAGUGGACACCAGGGGGAGCCAGAAGGUGGACGAUGCAAGACUGAAACAGUUGAAGAAAUCGAUAAAGAGACUGAUGGAGAGACAGAGCCUUGUUCCCCUACCGGUCCAAUCUCUUCCCCUACCACACUCUCAGCAGAUGCAGAAAAUGGUGGACAGGAAGAUAAACCAAUCGGCUUCUUGGAUUCUAAUGCAGAAGGCCCAACAUCUACCGUGAUUCAGGACCAGGAGACCCCAAACCAAGUGGGUUUGACUCUAGAGUCAAGCCCAUACCAGCCUGUUGGGGAAGAGGCUGAGAUCCAGGACAAAAAUGUCUAUAAAGGACCAUUGGAGGACGAACUGGAGGAACAGCAGGAAGGGGAAACAAGUGUUGUGGAUACUAAAAAGGGACCAUCUAUUACCAAACAGUCCAAGUGCAGAGAUGAAACAAUCAGAACCACUUCUGGAAACCAAGCUGUUAUGAAUGGGCAAGAACUUAAACCAGAAGGCGCUACAGAACCAACUGGAAGCCACAUGGAUCCCCCUUCACUUCUUCCACCUACAGACCAAAAAAACGAGACCAACACUCAGUCCACUUGGACUAGAACCAAACACAGAGAGGUAGCCAGGACCAUCGGGAACCUCGAGGGUCUUCCCAGUCAGAUAAAAGUGGGUCGAUGGUCCCGCCACUCCAGGAUUGUCACCGCUAACCGGGUCUUGUUUGAGGGCAUGGGAUCGGACGUAGCCGGUAUCGGGUUAUUUGAGGCCAGCCCUGUGGUGGACCCCAUGCUGAUGGAGAACUCGGAGCGUAUUCUGAGCAAAGUCCAAACGUUGGCCCGGAUGUACAGCGCCAAAGCCAGCACCAUGAAGGUCCCGUUGCAUCAGAAACGGGCCAGCGCCGUGUGGAACCAAUCAGGUAGACUGUCUGGACUCUCAACUCAAACUGAAAACCAGACACAGGUUCAAUCUCAGACUCAAAUGCAGACCCCGACUAAGUACCGGCAGCAAACACAAUACCAAACGGAAGUCCAGCAAUCAGAUGCCAACUCAGAGACCAAAUGUAGAACCCAAACUCAUUCCGAGGCCAAAGUUCAGAGCCAAAUCGUAACUCAAACCAGGCAGCAAUCACAGCUCCAAACUAAAAGCCAGACACAUUACCAAAGCCAGAACCAGAACAAGACUUACAGCCAGUACCAGACCCAAACCAUGAGCAGGGAGGAUCAAACGAUCCAGGAGGAGAGGAUGAUAAAGACAGCAGAGAGCCUGACAAAUGAUUUCCAGGAGACAGUGGUGGCAGCCUGUGAGCCUCUGCUGUUUGGCCAUGUGUUUGUCAAAGAGCAGCUGACUCCGGCCCGUCCCCACCAGACGAACGGAUUCACCCUCUCCAGACCCAGGGACUUCAUCUCUGCCUUGGCCAAAGACAGAGACCCCAGUGUGGGCUGUAGAUCAGGUGACACCUCCGAGACUUCCACCACGCCUAGGGAAAAUCCACCCACUUCCCUGAGAGACCAGUUACCGGAGAACAGCUACUACCCCGGGUACACCUCAACUGACACCAGGCAUCACCUCCUCCGAACACAAGCUGAAGAUCAGCAGUGCUGCUCUGCCGAUAACAACCCGUCGACGUCAACCGUGAACUUGGAUUGUAGAGUCACCGAGUUCAGGGACUACUGCUCUACCUCGUCCACAGGGAGAGGCGACGGCCCGAACGGGGAGGUUUAUUCAGAUACUGAAGAGGCAGAGAAAAGAGAGAGGUCGGAGCUGAGCGGUGGAUUCCCUGUUUACUCAGUCAGAGAAGACUCAACUUCUGUAAACAUCAUUUCCCAGCCAGCACACCCUGAGCCAAAUCUGUCUGCUCACAGCAUACCACGGUGGGAAAUGUCCAAAGAUGGAAAUGAGCAGGACAGAAAUGAGCAGGAUAAACCAGCUUCACAAUGUAUACAAGAUGCACCAGAAUAUACAAUAAUUCCCCCAGGACUUUCCUCCGAUAAAGAUGUGUUGACCAAAGAUGUACAGAGUGUUCACGCAGAGCCUGAAUACUCGGUUUGCACAGGACCCAUGGAUGGAGAGCUGGUCCUGAUGGUAGCGUCUACACAGAGUCGGGCUCCAACAGAGUCCAACAGAUCCACGAUGCCUCACCCAGGACUGGCCGGAGAGCAGUCCCACAGGGAAACGCUUUACCUGGCGGAGGGAGGCGACGCCGCCACCGCCACCCCGGGCGUCUCUGGAGGGUCAAAGAAAGACGACUCUUCAUCACAAACCAGGAUGAUUGUACAAGGCUCAGCGGUGGUCUUUACAGAAGAGACACCUUAUUACAGAUCCUCAGGAGAACGUGGUGUUCCACUGCACAUGACCUUUAGUCAUACAGUCACAGAAACCCCAGAGGAUCAGAAAACAAGAGCAUCAAGUCCAUGGUCGUCGGUUCAAAACUCAGAAUCACAUCCUACCCGACCGCGGCCUCCAUCGGCGCAGUCUAUAGACUGUCUACCAACAUUCACCAGCCAGAGGCCUCAGGACCUGCCCACUACUACGGGUAAACGGGCUCUGUCUAACACCAGGGAACCAGGCCAGCAUGACUCACGAUCCCCCACCAUCCUGCCAUUUUACAGCCUCCCUUCAGGCAGCCGACCGUCCUUGGAGACACCCCACCUGGUGGAGAGACCUUACCCAUCCAUUGCCACCCCUGGCCAGGACUCAGACCUCACCAUGGCGCCCUCGGCCUUCAGACCCAGCUCCAGGCACCGCUCCCCCUCCCCUGUUAGAGCUCCUGUCCGAGCGCCUCCCUGCUCCUCACCGUUCCGGGUUGUUCCAACAUCUCCUCCCACCCCUGAAGAUACCUCCCUGGACACUGUCUCCAGGGCUCUUCCCUGUUUCUCUCCUACUCCCUCUUCUGGGAGGAGUCCCUCGAUGCGAGCUCCCCCUGCCUCCUCUCCUACACCCUUCUCUGCUUUCACUCCCUCGUCCUCUUCCUCUUCUUCAUCCAUACGAGCCGGUGCUCCUUCCUCCCCUCCGCUGUCGUCUUCUCUCCGCUCUCCCCCGUGCUCCUCCCCCAUCGCUUCUUCCUCAACAUUCACCAGAUCCUUGGCCGCCUCUUGCAUUAGCCAGUCCAUCAGUCAGAGUAUGGCGAAAAAGAACAACGCCCCGCCCGUAAACACAGUAAACCAAAGCCCCUCCUCCACGCCUUCCAAUCUACGACGGCGCUCCCCUUCACCUAAACUCCCUCCCGGUCAGCAGGGCUCCAGCACGCCUGCGUACACCCAGCUAGGGUGCGCUAAAGACCAACAACCAAGGGGUCCGCUGUCCUCUCUCUGGUCCUCUUGCCCUUCUUCGUCUCUCAUGCAGUCACCUCCUCCCUCUCUUUCCCAACGCCCCCCUUCCCCGUCUAUGACUCCGGCCCAUCAUCAACCUUCCUCUCCUUCCCCUCGCCCCUCAUUCCUUCAUUCCAAAACUGACUCAUCACAGAACGCAAACAACAACAACAACAAUAAUAGCUUAGCUGGUAUAAACGCAGUAAAUAAUACAAACAGCAUGAACCGUGCCGUCAGUAACGGGGGUUGGUCAGUAAGUCCCCAGAAGGCGCCACUAGCUAAUGGUAACACCACAGUAAUGCAACAACCUCCUGAUCCUCUCUGGUCAGGGUCGCACAACCGUGUAGCUCGGCCUUUUUCGGCAUCCGAACCCAGCUCACGAGUUCCCUCUCCAACCCCUGCCUCAUUUACUCGCCUCUGCUCCCCACCUCCUCAACAUAAUUACUCCUCCCCCAUGGCGAACAAACCUCCCAACCCCAGGAGCACACGGGUAGCAGGUGCAAGCUCCCAUAACCCGCUAGGCCUCACUUUGGAGCUGCCCAGGACCUCCUCAGCAAGUUCAGCAUUUGGGCAGUCUCUAAGCCCUCGGAUCCUCUCACCGCCUCCUAUUGGCGUGUCGGUGAAUGUUUGGGCAAAUAAUGUUGCAGCACCUCAACCUAGAAACCCUAGAUAUGCCAACUCCUCUCCCUCUCCUUCCUUUUGCUCGCCAACACCGGAGAAUGCCUCUUUCCCCACUUCCUCUUCUUUGCGUAGUCCCAGAGCCUCCUCCCCUUCUGCACCCUGUCCUCCUGCAACCUCCCAAACCCUCCGUAGGUCUUUCUCCUCCAACCUGGCAGACAGACCCCCGAGCCCGGCCCGGAGUAACCCUAGCGGGCAGCGCCGCUCUUGGACAGACGGCAGCCGGAGGUCCCUUGGUUUUAGCGGUAGUGUCCGAGGGUCCUUUGACCAGCAGGAGUCUUGUCCGACCAGUCCACGGAGUGGGUGGUCCUCGUACGGCAGCUCGCCGUCCUGCCUCAGCCCUCGAGCUGAGCUUCAAUCCCCACUCUCACCUGGCAGGCUUACCCCAGGGAAGGGCACCCAUGGUGGGCAGCAUUUCACCAGCGUGCCCUGGCCAGACGUACGGGAGCUUUCAAGCAAGUAUAAUGGAACCGAUAGCCUCGAUGUAACUUCCACCAUCAUCGCCUCCUCUCCUCCUCCUCUCUCCUCGCUCUCCCACACCAUCCUCCCCUCAGACAGCCAGACAGAGUGGGGUGACCCAGAGGUAGAAGAGGGUAGCUGUCGUAGCCAGCUGAUCUGCGCCUACGUUGCCCGGCCCUCCUCCGCUUGCAUGGUUCUCUCCUCCUCGGGCAUGACCUCCCCUCCACCGGCCCCCUACCAGCACCACAACUACCAAUCCACAACACCUCCUGUACCCUCAAUCCCUUCCCCCUUUCCCUCCAGCUCAUCACCGCUACCCUUUGCUCGUUCAUCUCCUACCAAACAGGGGAACCAGAAGACCAGCUAUGCCACCACGGUCAACCUCCAGAUCGCUGGAAGUGGCCGAAUAACCUCCUUCAGCACCGCCCAAGUUAGCCUGACCCAGACCCUGCAGGGUGGAGCCGGAGCUGGAGGACCAGGACAGGGGCAGAUGGCGAGGAGAGUAAGCAUCAAUGGACUUUCACACCUUCCUUCCCCUCUUCCUCAGAACUGUAACAGGCUAUGAAGGAACGAGUCUUUCUUUCAUGACCUUACAAGACAAGAAGGGCCAAAAGAAAAGGAAAUGGAAAGAAAAAAGGCAUUAGAGAAGAGACGAAGUUGUUGUGUAACUGCUGGUUUCAGUGGCCCAGACCUCCAGAGCUAUUCCCUGGCUUGUCGUGAACCAUGAACCCCGGUAACUCCACGAGUCCACCAUGUUGAAAAUGGUCUUUCUCAAAUGGUGGGGUACUUCAACUUGGGGAUAAGCUCACAUGUGAGGGACAUAAUGAAUGUUGUCAAGCCUGAUUCCCCUCAGCGCGAUGGGAUACGUUUGGGGGUAAAAUAGACUUCCCGUUGCAUCUCGGUGGCUUCUGGGAAAGCUUUAUACCCGAGCAUUGAACAGAUGACCCU